AUGGAGAUGUAUGGGGUGUCAAUUCCCAAAAUGGAUUGGGAAAGCACGAACUUACCUCAAGCCUGGGAUAAGUUUCAAAGGCACGCCGAACUAGUGUUCUCUGGGCCCCUAAAGAACAAAAGUGACGAAGAGAAAGCGUCGUACGUCCUUCUUUGGGUCGGAGACAAAGGAAGGGAUAUUCGCCAGACGUGGACGACAAUUAGCGAGACUGACGCUAAAAAGCCGGCAACGUUUUUUAUGAAAUUUAAGGAAUACGUCCAGCCGAAACUUAACCCGAUAUUUGCCAGGUUCAAGUUUAACAACAUAGUUCAAGGUGCUGACAAUUUUGAAUCAUUCGUUACAAAGCUGAGAUUAGCGGCGACAGAUUGCCAGUUUACCAGCUCAGACGAAAUGAUUCGCGAUCGGAUCGUUUUUGGAAUUUCGUCGGCCAAACUGCGCGAGAAGCUUAUUAACGAAGGAGAGAAACUGUCGCUGGACAAAGCUGUUCAAAUAGCACAGAAUUUUGAAUACGCCAGAGAGCAGAUGCGAACCAUGACGACGACUUCCGGCGAAGAAGCCCAUUCUUCAGCUGUAUACCAGGUGCGGCGGCAACCAAAUGAGCGAUACCGGAAGUACCAGCCAGAGAGACCAGCUGCGGCGUAUAAGCCGAGGGACGACAACAAAAACUGUGGUAAUUGUGGAAACAAACAUUCAAGGACAGCCAACUGCCCUGCAAAGGGAAAACAAUGCCAUGCGUGUAAAAAGUGGAACCACUUUGCACAAAUGUGUCGUACGAAUGAGGUGACCAAAAGGGUAAACGAACUGAGAGUGGAUUAUGAAUCAAGUUGUGAAUCAGACGACGAUGCAUUCUAUGUGGACACCGUGAAAACAGCAGGUAAGUUGGUUUCACAAGCCCAUGCCACUCUUAUCAUUGGCCCCGUCAAGAAACCUAUUAAGUUCAAAAUUGACACAGGCUCUAUGGUGAACAUUUUGCCUAACAAUGUUUACAGGCAGCUUAAAGUUCACGGCCCCUUAUCAAUAGCAUCACACAAGCUGACCUCUUACACUGGGGAUUCUCUGAAAGUACUCGGCACAGUAGACUUGCCAUGUGGCUACAAAGAGCACAUGGUAACAGCCACUUUUUACAUUGUAGAAACAAAUUCCCAACCUCUACUCUCGCUGACUACGUCUGUUGACUUAGAGCUCAUCAAACUGACAUACGCUGUCGAUAAAUCGUCCUCUAAACAUGACAUUGUGACAGAAUAUAAUGACAUUUUUCAAGGUGUUGGUCUCCUUCCAGGUAAAUGUCAAUUACACCUGCGAAAAGAUGCAAUUCCCGUAGUAAACGCUACUAGACGGGUACCGUAUGCAAUAAAAGACAAACUCAGACGGGAGUUAGAUCAAAUGGAACAAGAAUCGAUCAUUUGCAAGGUCACUGAGCCAACAGAAUGGGUCAAUUCUCUUGUUUGUGUAGAGAAACCCCAAACUGGCAAAUUACGCAUUCGUAUAGACCCUAAACACUUAAACGACGCCCUACUGCGACCUCACUAUCCAAUGAGAACACUUGAAGAAGUGACCUCUGACAUCUCAGGUGCUCGCUACUUCUCUGUGUUGGAUGCCAAAUCAGGUUACUGGAGUAUCGAGUUGACAGAAGAGUCUUCAUACAUGUGCACAUUUGGCAGUCCAUUCGGACGGUAUAGAUUUCUUAGACUUCCUUUUGGAAUCAAAUCAAGUCAAGACGAAUUCCAAAGACGAAUGGACGAGUGUUUAGAGGGUCUCACUGGUGUAAAAUGCAUUGUUGAUGACAUUCUUGUUCAUGGAAAAACGCUAGAGGAACAUGACACUAACUUACGCAACGUACUAGGACGAUGUAGAGAAACGGGCAUUCGACUCAAUCCUGACAAAUCCAAAAUCGGACUGACAGAAGUCCCGUACUUUGGUCAUAUUCUUAAAUCCGACGGACUCAAACCAGAUCCUGACAAAGUGGCAUCCAUCCUACAAAUGAAAGCACCGACGUCACGUGCAGAGCUAGAGACUCUGUUAGGAAUGGUUACAUAUCUCAGCAAGUUCUCACCAAAACUGGCCGAGUUGACAAACCCAUUGCGGGCACUGCUAAAAAAUGACGUACACUUCCAUUGGGACAGACAACAUGACAAAGCUUUUGACGAUGUCAAAAAAGCCCUGAUUGAGAGCCCUGUGCUAGUAUAUUUUGACACGCACAAACCUGUGACGCUUCAGACGGUUAACACAGACAUUGUGCAGGACAAGAUCAAUAAAUCGCGCUCCAGCCAAAAACACUACUACGAUCAGACUGCUAAAUCGCUACCGCCCUUGGCAGACGGACAGACGAUCAGGGUUCAAAUGAAAAAAAGAUGGGUUCCGGCAAAACUUAUUAAAGACAACCAUGACAGAUCGUACACAGUUCAGACUGAGGACGGUGGUAUUUACAGACGAAACAGACGAUUUAUUAUGAGUACUAAAGAGAAAUGCCCCGAACUUUCGGAAAACUUUCCAAAUUUGCUGCAUCAGACAGAUUGCGGCAAGUCUCAGUCCAAUGAGUCAGCCGAAAUAUCUCCCUUAAUCUCUCCACAAAAUAUGUCUGCGUCCCACGAAAAUCAGCCAUACGUAACUAGAUACGGGCGCUCUGUGAAACCAGCUUCCCGCUUAGUAGAACACGCUUGA